AUGGAGGUAGUAAUCAACCCAGCAUUUGAUACAAUGCCAACUGAAACUACUUACACCUAUGAUGAGGCUGUUAUCAAGGGUCGCAAACCAGAUUACCCGAUACACCCAUUACUACUUAGCCGUACAUCACCUCGGGAAAUGACCGGGGAGGACUUAUCGGACAAGGUGCUUAUGACAUUGUUUGAGGCAGCAAGGUGGGCACCAUCAUUUUACAACCAGCAACCAUGGCGAUUUUUGUACGCCAAACGUAACACUGAACACUGGGAUAAGUUUCACGACCUGGUGUGGCCACUGAACCUCCAGUGGUGCGAACCGGCAUCGGCACUGGUAGUGGUCGUAUCGCACCGACUAUUUUUCAUGAAGGGGGACAACACCAAAGAGCUACCCAACCCUACGCACAGCUUUGAUACCGGGGCCGCGUGUAUGGCACUGGCAUUGGAGGCAUCGGCCAGGGAUCUGGUGGUGCACUGUAUGGCCGGCUUUGACUACGAGAAAGCCUACGAAGUGUUUGGUGUGGAUAAGGCCAGGGAUUCCAUAGACUGUAUGAUUGCAAUCGGGAAACGGCCGGCGCUGUCGGACAGGUCUACUGAGACCCGGAUAGCGCCCCGACAUCCGGUCGACCGGUUUGUGUUUGAGGGCGGCUUUGAAGUCAAUAAUAAUGUCGAGAAAACAGCUAAUAAUGAGAAUUGAUUUUAAUUGUGUUGGGUAAUAUUAUGGUUGUAUUUAUUAUUAUAUUUAUUGUUAAUGGAUGGAAUUUAUUUUGCUAUUUAAUGUACC